UCGUGAAAUGUUUGCGGCAGUAACCGAUGACUGACCUCCAGGACCGUCGGAGCUGCAGGAUCUCAGCACUGCUCCUCCAAUCAAAUCUGGGCAGCGUCCCAAGGUGCAAAAUAACAGUAUACAUUGCGACGGACGGAAGAGGGUGGAGAGAGCAAUGUGGACUCGCGGGCAGAGAUAGCUAAUACACCGACCGAGCCAUCCCGACUCGACGGUCCAUGGGACACAUUUAAGGACGAAGAAUGUCAGUGGCCGGGUUUAAGAAACAGUUUCACAAAGCUAGUCAGUUGCUAAAAGAAAAGAUCAAUGGCGUUGAAGGAACAAAACUGGAUGAGGAGUUCCUCAGCAUGGAAAGGAAAACUGAAAUUACCCACAAACUCAUUCUUGAUAUUGUUCCAAAAACGAUUGGAUAUCUUCAGCCGAACCCAGCUUACAGGGCAAAGCUCAGCAUGCUCAGCACGGUGUCCAGAAUCCGUGGACAUGUAAAGGCAGUGGGUUACCCUCAGACAGAGGGCAUUCUGGGAGACUGCAUGCUGCAAUACGGCAGUGAGCUCGGAGCUGAGUCUGGCUUUGGUUUUGCUCUGCUUGAAAUGGGAGAGGCAUUGAAACAAGUCGCCCAGGCCAGAGAUUGUAUGGACGUCCGAGUGAAACGAGCCUUCAUUGAUCCUCUGCAAUCCCUGCAACAUAAAGAACUGAAGGAAAUUGGGUUUCAUUUGAGAAAACUUGAAGGUCGGCGUCUGGAUUUUGAUUACAAGAAGAGACGUAAAGGAAAGAUUGCAGACUCUGAAAUUAAGAAAGCGUUCGAGAAGUUUGAAGAAUCCAAAGAAAUGGCUGAAAGAUGCAUGUUCAAUCUCCUAGAGAGAGAUGUCCAGCGGAUGCAACACCUCUCAGGUCUUUUAGAAGCAGUAAUAGACUAUCACCGCCAGUCAAGUCAGAUUCUGGAAAACCUCAGGAGUAAUUUACAGACCAAGAUAAGAGACACAAGCAAUAAGCCCAAAAGGGAAUUUGCAUCUAAAUCAGUUGCGAGCACAGUGUGCUAUACGGAUAUUUAUGGAUUUUCCACAUGCUCAUCCGGACAGUCAUCAGAUACUGAAAUUACUGAAGCUUUGAGUGAGAAAUAUGCUCCAGUUGUGGUUCACCAUCCUGAUCAAGUCACCAUUAAAACUCCAACAACAGACAAACCAGCAAGCAUCAAUGAUAGGGCUCCCCCCCUGGAUCAGCCCUGCUGUCGGGCACUGUACAGUUUCCAGGCAGAAAACCAGGGCGAGCUGGGCUUUAAAGAGGGCGACAUCAUCAUUCUGACCAGCCAUAUAGAUGAGAACUGGUAUGAAGGGAUGAUCAGAGGCCAGUCUGGCUUAUUUCCCAUGAACUACGUCAAAGUCCUUGUACCUCUGCCACAGUGACAACCACAGGACACAGCUGGACAACAUGAACAUCUCCAGUUUUUGGACAUUAAAAAGCUCUGGUUAUGUGAUGAUAAGGUUAAUAUGUGAAGCACUUCUGAGCCCUUGCUGUAUAUUUAUCUGUAUUAUUACUAUGCAAAGUUACGUAUCCUGCCUUUUUGAUGAUUUUUUACGAAUCUCUCAAGAUGUUAAAUAAUUACACUGUUGUAUUAACGUCUUAAACAUUUAAUGGCAUCCAAACACUAAAUUCCUUCUCAGGACUGAUUCUUUCUAUCCAUAUUGAUUGUUCAGUCCUUUGUCUUUAUCAAAAAUAAGUCCUAGUGUGCACUGCAUUAAUAUGCUACCGUUUAUAUCUAUUGUUUUUGCUAGGAAUGUUGGAUCUUAUUUAAAAUAAACUAUAUUUACUGGUUAUUAACAAGCACUGCAGUCUUAUGAACUGUCUGCGAGGUGUUUAGUAAAGGGAUAGUCCACUCAAAAAAGAUGUUAAAUUUCUCACUCUCUGGCUAUCCAAUAUGAGGGUCACAUUUUUAAGUAGAACAUUAAAAAUGUUUUUAGCUGACAUUGUGGUCUUUUGUCCUUCUUAAAAUGCCAACAGCUAAAAAAAAAGUUAACAACUACCAGUAUCUGGCAAAAACAACAAAACAUAUACAGGCAAAACUAAAUAAAUGACUAUGGCUCUUGAAGAUACAUGCUUAUGAGCUGAAAUGAGUGGACAAAUGUUAAUGUAUAUUCACGUGCAAACUCACAUGCGAGCUAACACUAUUUGUUUACCACAAUGUUAUGUGCAGCAUACAUAAUAAACACGAGGAAAAAUACAA